AUGCUGCCGACAUUGUUACGAAUACCACCACUAACAAAAAUGGUGCAAUUACCGUUCCAUAUGGGUGCAUUUCUCAAAGCCGGAGAAUAUGAAUAUCAGGAUUCAGUGUGGGGAAGUGAGGUCGUUUAUGUCAAUUUUGUUUUACCCGAUGGAACGGUCAAGAAAGUUAGAGGCAAAGUUGGUGAUAAUGUUAUGUAUCUGGCACACAGGUAUAAAAUCGAUAUUGAAGGAGCAUGUGAGGCUUCGUGUGCUUGUUCUACUUGUCAUGUAUAUGUCGACGAGAAGUUUUAUCGGAAGUUACCUGAAGCAAAGGAAGCCGAGGAUGAUAUGCUGGAUAUGGCCCCCGCAUUGAAGCCUAAUUCUCGCCUUUCAUGUCAAAUUACUUUAACUAAAGAAUUAGAUAAUAUUAUAUUAACUUUGCCCCCAAUAACUAGGAAUUUCUAUGUUGACGGUCAUGUACCAACACCGCACUGA